AUGUCCACUGUUACCCGGAAUUCCCUCGGAAGAUUCCAAGUCCAACUCCCGUUCAAGAACCCUCGUCCCUCACUCGGUUCCUCCCUCAACAUUGCGAUGAAGAGGCUUCAUUUCCUGGAGAGAAGACUUCAGGCCAACCCAAGUGCUCGCAAGGAGUACAACAAAUUCAUGCAAGAGUAUGAAGAUCUCGGUCACAUGGAGGAAGUCCAACCAGUGGAUUCCGACUCAGGAUCAACAUGCUACAUCCCUCAUCAAUUCAUUAUCAAGGAGUCCAGCUCCACCACCAAGUUCCGCGUUGUAUUUGAUGCGUCCGCAAAGAAAUCAAAUGGCAAAUCCUUAAAUGAAGAAAUGUUGGUGGGUCCUACAAUCCAGGAUUCACUCGUGGACAUCCUCAUCCGUUUCCGGCUUCACAAGGUCGCCAUCACUGCUGACAUCGAGAAGAUGUACAGGCAGAUCCUCGUUUCCCCAAAGGACACCGACCUGCAAAGAAUACUUUGGCGAGAUGACCCAUCCAAACCAAUCAAAAAUUUUCGUCUUCGUACAGUGACCUGUGGUACAGCAGGAGCACCAUACCUGGCAACUCGUACUCUCAAGGAGCUUGGAAUUAGGAAUCAGCGCAAGUUUCCCAUCGCAUCGGAAGUCAUUAUCCGAGAUUUCUAUAUGGAUGACCUCAUGUCUGGAGAACCUGAUGUCAAACAAGCCCUUGAAACUCAACACCAAUUACUCGAACUCAUGAAUGAUGGAUCACUGUGCCUCCGCAAGUGGUCAUCAAAUUCCCAAGCUGUUCUCGACGCAGUCCCUCCUGAGAUGAGAGAAACUCAGUCCCUUCUCUCAUUCGAUCAAGAUUCAUCAAUCAAGACCCUGGGUAUCUGUUGGAAUCCGAAAACUGACCAAUUCCUCUUCCAAAUCAGCCCCCAGAUUCCCACAACCAAGCCAUUAUCAAAGCGAAUUGUCCUCUCGGAAAUCGCCCGGUUGUUCGACCCUAUUGGCUGGCUCGCCCCCAUCAUCAUCUCUGCAAAGAUUCCCAUGCAGUCUUUGUGGAAACUGCAACAAGGUUGGGAUGAUCGUCCAUGCACAACUUUACUGGGUCAAAAUAAUUCAACAACAACAUUUCGCAAAGGAAAUCAACUCAAUCAAUUCUGGGAAGCCUGUUCCUCCAAAAAGCAGGGUUCUCUCCCUCUCACCAUUCUUAGAUUCGGACGGAAUCUUGAGAGUAGGUGGUCGUGUCCGUAA